AUGAACGCCGCCUCUGCUCCUAUCCGCUGCAUCGCCCGUGGUGGCGGCGCACCAACCCGCCUGCUGCAGCUGCAGAAGCGCUCCGUAUCGUCAGCGACCGCGCCCAGGCAUCUCAUGUCCAUCGCCGACCUCACGCCUGCCGAGUUUGCCAGCCUCGUCCGCCAGGGCGCCUCCCGCAAGGCCCAGGUCAAGACGGGCGCCGCGCCGGCCACGCUGCGUGAUGGCAUGGCCGGCCAGACCGUCGCCAUGAUGUUCAGCAAGCGCAGCACCCGUACGCGCGUGUCCACCGAGGCCGCCGUCACAUUGCUCGGCGGCCACCCCAUGUUUCUCGGCAAGGAUGACAUUCAGCUAGGUGUCAACGAGUCGCUGUAUGACACGGCAAAAGUUAUCUCCUCCAUGACUUCGUGCAUGGUCGCCCGCGUCGGGCCGCACUCCGACGUCACCGGCCUGGCCGCCGGCUCCAGCGUGCCCGUCAUCAACGCCCUGUCCGAGGACUUCCACCCGCUGCAGACAAUCGCUGACUUCCUCACCAUCCACGAGGCCUUCCCCUCCUCAUCCUCGGGCGGCAGCGGCAGCCUCGGCCUCGAGGGCCUCAAGGUCGCCUGGGUCGGCGACAGCAACAACGUGCUCUUCGACCUCGCCAUCGGCUGCACCAAGAUGGGCGUCGACAUCGCCGUCGCCGCGCCCCAGGGCUACGGCAUCCCGGCCGCCAUGAAGGCCGUCAUCGCCGCCGCCGCGCAGGGCGUCGCCUCGCCGGGCAAGCUGACGGAGACGACGGUGCCGGAGGAGGCCAUCCGGGACGCCGACGUGCUGGUGACGGACACCUGGAUCUCCAUGGGCCAGGAGGCCGAGACCAAGGCCCGCCUCGACGCCUUCGCCGGCUACCAAAUCACAAACGACCUGGCCAAGCGCGGCGGCGCCAAGGACGGCUGGAAGUUCAUGCACUGCCUGCCGCGACACCAGGAAGAGGUGGCUGACGAGGUGUUUUACGGCCCGAGGUCUCUGGUCUUCCCCGAAGCUGAGAACCGACUCUGGGCUGCCAUCGCCGCGCUCGAGGGCUUCGUUGUCAACAAGGGCAAGUUGCUAUAA